GCCUGCACUUCGGCUCCCAAGCGGAAGCCGCGCCGCCCCUGGUCUGUGCUUUUAGCUUCGGGUCUUGCGGCACCGGGAGCCGCCAUCAUGGUGCGGAAGCUUAAGUUCCACGAGCAGAAGCUGCUGAAGCAGGUGGACUUCCUGAACUGGGAGGUCACUGACCACAACCUACACGAGCUGCGCGUGUUGCGGCGUUAUCGGCUGCAGCGGCGCGAGGACUACACGCGCUACAACCAGCUGAGCCGGGCUGUGCGUGAGUUGGCGCGGCGCCUGCGCGACCUACCCGAGCGCGACCCGUUUCGCGUGCGCGCCUCGGCCGCGCUGCUGGACAAGUUGUAUGCUCUCGGCCUGGUGCCCACGCGCGGCUCGCUCGAGCUCUGCGACUUCGUCACGGCCUCGUCUUUCUGCCGCCGCCGAUUGCCCACCGUGCUCUUGAAGCUGCGCAUGGCGCAGCACCUCCAGGCCGCCGUGGCCUUCGUGGAACAGGGCCACGUGCGCGUGGGCCCCGACGUGGUCACUGACCCCGCCUUCCUUGUCACGCGCAGCAUGGAGGACUUUGUCACCUGGGUAGACUCGUCCAAGAUCAAGCGGCACGUGCUGGAGUACAAUGAGGAGCGCGAUGACUUCGAUCUGGAGGCCUAG